GGCGGCGGGGCCGCCCCGGCGGGCUCCGGCGGCGGAGGGGCGUCGGGCCUGACGGCUUCGCUGACGGGCACCAUGAACAGGAAGAAGAAGCCCUUCCUGGGCAUGCCGGCCCCGCUGGGCUACGUGCCGGGCCUGGGCCGCGGAGCUACGGGUUUCACCACUCGCUCGGACAUCGGUCCUGCUCGAGACGCAAAUGACCCUGUGGAUGAUCGCCAUGCGCCGCCGGGGAAGAGAACCGUCGGGGAUCAGAUGAAGAAAAACCAGGCAGCUGAUGAUGACGACGAAGAUCUGAACGACACCAAUUAUGACGAGUUCAAUGGAUACGCGGGCAGCCUGUUCUCUAGCGGGCCUUACGAAAAAGAUGACGAGGAAGCGGAUGCGAUUUAUGCUGCUCUGGAUAAGAGGAUGGAUGAAAGAAGGAAAGAAAGACGAGAACAGCGUGAGAAAGAGGAGAUUGAAAAGUACCGAAUGGAGCGCCCCAAAAUCCAGCAGCAGUUCUCAGAUCUGAAGAGAAAACUCGCUGAAGUCACUGAGGAGGAAUGGCUGAGUAUUCCCGAAGUUGGCGACGCAAGGAACAAACGCCAGAGGAAUCCGCGGUACGAGAAGCUGACUCCUGUUCCCGACAGUUUCUUUGCAAAGCACUUGCAGUCAGGGGAGAAUCACACAUCUGUUGAUCCCAGACAAACGCAAUUUGGAGGUCUGAACACUCCCUACCCUGGGGGCUUAAACACUCCCUAUCCAGGUGGGAUGACCCCUGGGCUGAUGACCCCUGGCACAGGUGAGCUGGACAUGAGGAAGAUCGGACAAGCAAGGAACACCUUGAUGGAUAUGAGACUCAGCCAGGUGUCCGAUUCGGUGAGCGGCCAAACCGUGGUGGAUCCCAAGGGCUACCUGACUGACUUGAAUUCCAUGAUCCCCACCCAUGGUGGAGACAUCAAUGAUAUCAAGAAAGCACGCUUGCUUCUGAAGUCUGUACGCGAGACGAACCCUCACCACCCGCCAGCCUGGAUCGCCUCCGCGCGCUUGGAAGAGGUGACCGGCAAGCUGCAAGUUGCCCGCAACCUCAUCAUGAAGGGGACAGAAAUGUGUCCGAAGAGCGAAGACGUCUGGCUGGAAGCUGCCCGGUUGCAACCUGGGGAUACCGCUAAGGCUGUGGUAGCCCAGGCGGUUCGGCACCUCCCGCAGUCGGUGCGGAUUUAUAUCCGGGCCGCGGAGCUGGAGACGGACAUCCGAGCAAAGAAGCGAGUCCUUCGGAAAGCGCUGGAGCAUGUUCCGAACUCCGUGCGCUUGUGGAAGGCAGCGGUGGAGCUGGAAGAGCCCGAAGACGCCAGGAUCAUGCUCAGCCGAGCGGUGGAAUGCUGCCCCACCAGCGUGGAGCUUUGGCUUGCUCUGGCGAGGCUGGAAACCUACGAGAACGCCCGUAAAGUCCUCAACAAGGCCCGUGAGAACAUUCCGACCGACCGGCACAUCUGGAUCACAGCUGCCAAGCUGGAGGAGGCCAAUGGGAACACUCAGAUGGUGGAGAAGAUUGUUGACCGAGCCAUCACCUCGUUAAGGGCUAACGGGGUGGAAAUAAACCGGGAGCAGUGGAUCCAGGAUGCCGAGGAGUGCGAUAAAGCAGGUAGCGUGGCCACGUGCCAGGCGAUCAUGAGAGCCGUGAUAGGGAUUGGGAUCGAGGAGGAGGACCGGAAGCACACCUGGAUGGAAGACGCGGACAGCUGUGUUGCUCACAACGCUUUGGAGUGUGCCCGUGCAAUUUAUGCCUACGCCUUGCAAGUUUUCCCAAGCAAGAAAAGCGUCUGGUUGCGAGCGGCUUAUUUUGAAAAGAAUCACGGAACCAGGGAAUCCCUGGAGGCUCUCUUGCAGAGGGCGGUGGCUCACUGCCCCAAAGCAGAAGUCCUCUGGCUGAUGGGAGCCAAGUCCAAGUGGCUUGCUGGAGAUGUGCCGGCCGCCAGGAGUAUUUUGGCUUUGGCUUUCCAGGCCAACCCCAACAGUGAAGAGAUUUGGCUGGCUGCUGUCAAGUUGGAAUCUGAAAACAACGAAUACGAAAGAGCCAGGAGGCUGCUGGCCAAAGCUCGGAGCAGUGCCCCGACCGCUCGGGUCUUCAUGAAGUCCGUCAAACUCGAGUGGGUGCUGGGGAACAUCGAGGCAGCUCAGGAGCUCUGCGAGGAAGCCCUGAAGCACUACGAGGACUUCCCCAAACUGUGGAUGAUGAAGGGGCAGAUUGAGGAGCAGCAGGAGCUGAUAGAAAAGGCCCGAGAGGCCUAUAACCAAGGGCUGAAGAAGUGCCCUGGCUCCAUCCCCCUUUGGCUCCUGCUGUCCAGGCUGGAGGAGAAGGUGGGGCAGCUCACCCGAGCCAGAGCCAUCUUGGAAAAGUCUCGUUUAAAGAAUCCAAAGAACCAAGACCUGUGGCUGGAGUCUGUCCGCUUAGAAUACAGAGCGGGUCUGAAGAACAUCGCGAACACGCUGAUGGCCAAAGCCCUGCAGGAGUGUCCCAAUUCUGGAAUCCUGUGGUCAGAGGCGAUCUUCCUAGAGGCGCGGCCCCAGAGGAAGACCAAGAGCGUGGAUGCCCUGAAGAAGUGUGAGCAUGACCCCCACGUCCUCCUGGCCGUGGCCAAGCUGUUCUGGAGCGAGCGUAAAAUAACCAAGGCUCGAGAGUGGUUCCAUCGGACAGUGAAGAUCGACUCUGACCUGGGAGACGCCUGGGCUUUCUUCUACAAGUUUGAGCUUCAGCAUGGCACGGAGGAACAGCAAGAAGAGGUGCGGAAGCGCUGUGAGAACGUGGAGCCGCGCCACGGGGAGUUGUGGUGUGAGGUCUCCAAGGACAUCAGCAACUGGCAGAGGAAGAUCGGCGAGAUCCUGAUGCUGGUGGCAGCCAAGAUCAAAAACACCUUCUAG